UCGAUGACAGAAAGCACAACUUAUAAUGCCCUAGAGAGGUGUAUUGCCGCAAGUACUCAUCUCAUUAAGUCGCAAUGUGAACAUAAAAUGUCCCACUCGGUUUCGUACAUUCGUCCGCUUGAGAUUGAAAAGACUUUCUCUAAAAUCCACACUUCAGACACGCCUUUUCGAUCGACUUCUUCAUUUGCAAAAUGGCUCUCAACGUUACCGUCGUUUCUCAUCCUCUACUCGCUGCAAAGCUGGCAUGCAUCCAAGACAGAACUACCGAUUCAGCAACCAUGCGUCGUCUCGUAGCUCAAGCGGCACAAAUCAUAACAGUUUCAGCGACUGCUUCUCUACAACCAGGACAAAAUUGUGCCCUGGUUCCACUCAUGAGAAGUGGUCUUGCGAUGGUCGAUGCAGUACUCGAGCUCUUGGUGCCAGGAAACAAGGUUGUGGUCCAUCACCUAGGACUAUUCAGGCAGCGAUCGCAAAAGACAUCAUUAGAGGCAGUCGAAUACUACAACAAUAUCCCAACAACGAAGCCACCGGUGGAACAUGCAUUCAUUGUUGAUCCUCUGCUGGCCACUGGAACUACCAGUGUUGCUGCCAUUGACACGUUGAAGGAGUGGGGUGUUGGAGAGAUCACUUUCAUCGCAUUGAUUGCAACACAGAAGGGACUUGAGAGAGCAGCCAAAGUAUGGCCUGGAAAAGUAAAGUUUUUUGUAGGCGCGAUUGAGGAACUUGACGAGAGUGGUCACAUCACCCCAGGGGUCGGUGACAUUGGAGACCGACUGUAUUUCAAUUGA